AUGGCUACGGCAAACAAUAAAAGAAAAUGUUUUACAUGUGAUAGAGAAAACAAUAUUUAUACUUGUGAAGGAUGUUCAAAAAGAUUUUGUUAUAUGGAUUUAGCAGAACAUCAACAAAGAUUGAAUGAUGAACUAAAUCAUAUUAGUCAUGGUUAUAAUGAAUUUAAACAAAGAAUAAAUGAACACAAACAAAAUCCACAAAAUGAUGCAUUAAUAAAACAAAUUGAUCAAUGGGAAAUAAAUUCAAUUGAAACAAUUCAACAAAAAGCACAAAAUUUUAGAAAAAUUGUUCUUAAAUCUUCACAAACAUUUAUUAAUGAUAUUGAAAAUAAAUUUAAUGAUUUAAAUAAACAAAUACAGCAACUUCAGAAAGCAAAUGAUUUCAAUGAAAUUAAUUUAAACUAUUUAAAAAAUCAAUUAACAGAAAUUACACAUGAAUUAAAUCAUCCCGUAAAUAUAUCUAUUCAACAAAACUCACAAUCAUUUAUUAGUGAUAUUUCAAUUAUUUCAUCUAAAAAAUCAAAAUUCAAUAAAUGGAAGCAAAAUGGCAUCACCGUAGCUGGUGGAAAUAAAGAAGGACAAAAAUUAAAUCAACUCAAUGGUCCUGUUGGAAUGUUUAUUGAUAAAAACAAAAAUAUUUUCAUUGCUGAUCGUGAAAAUAAUCGUAUUGUUGAAUGGAAAUGUAAUGCAAAACAAGGACAGAUCAUUGCAGGUGGAAAUAAGAAAGGAGAUCGAUUUGAUCAAUUGAAUUGUCCAACAGAUGUGAUUAUUGAUCAACAAACUUAUUCGAUUAUCAUUGCUGAUAAUGGAAACAGCCGAGUGAUUCAAUGGUUCAAUCAAAAGCAACAAAUUCUCAUUGACGAUAUUGACUGUUAUGGUUUGGCAAUCGAUAAACAUGGAUAUCUUUAUAUUUCUGAUUGGAAGAAGAGUGAAGUGAGACGAUGGAAAAUAGGAGAUUAUGACAAUGAAGGAAUUAUAGUGGCAGGUGGAAAUGGACAAGGACAUAAACUCGAUCAAUUCAAUUGUCCGACUUUUAUCUUUGUUGAUGAAGAUCAAUCUGUUUAUGUAUCGGAUAGAUACAAUAAUCGUGUAAUGAAAUGGAGAAAAGGUGCAAAAGAAGGAGCAAUUGUAGCUGGAGGAAAUGGUGAAGGAAGAAAUCUCAAUCACUUGUCUUUACCUGAAGGAAUAGUUGUUGAUGAUUUGGGUCAAAUUUAUGUGGCUGAUCUUGGGAAUGAUCGAAUAAUGCGGUGGUGUGAAGGGAAAGAAGAAGGUGAAGUUGUUGUUAGUGGAAAUGGUGAAGAAAAUCAGUUGGAUGGUCCUGUGGGCUUAUUUUUUGAUGACGGAGGAAAUCUUUAUGUUACUGAUCAUUUUAAUCAUCGGAUUGUAAAAUUUGAAGUAGUUUUGUAA